UAACGUAAUCUUGUCACGUGGUUCUAGAUGUAAUAGCCAACAACGAAGUUCAUUUCUGUCACGUGAUGUUAGUUCGUUUAGCAGAAAUUUUCCCUCCAGCAUUUGUUAUUGCAACAUUAUGAGGAUCUAGAAGAAACAACUAAGUGUUUGCUUGAAAGAUGAAAAAUGUAAAAUGACUUAUGGAAUUGAAAGACUACGUCUUUGACUGUAUAUCUCGAUAAACCAGUAGGUGCACUUUGAAUGGGCAGCGGCAAAGCUGUGGUAACAUGGUACGAUGCAGACAAAGAUGUACAGACAGUUUCCCAGUACCCCACGGUUAUGUUACAUGCACGGAACGUUUUAAUUAUGAAGGCGAUACGUGCACGGUUCAUUGCAAUAACGAUUAUAAACUCAAAGGAGUAUCUAGAGUUUAUUGUAAAGGAGGAGUAUGGACCAAGCAGGAUGGGACAACCGCUUCAGCCCGCUGUGAAUAUAUAGACACUCUGUACAAGGAUGAAGUCAUGAGCCUUGUAUCUGCUCAUAGCGGCAAAAGCCGCCACGAUUUAGCCGUAUUCCUAAGAGAUUAUUUGGUGCGAACCUAUCCCAGUCAAUACUGGGUGGUUACCGUGUAUGAUCCUGUUAAAGGUUUUGAAAAUCACGCUUUUAAUGGCCAUGACACCCGAAUCGGCUGGAAGUUAAGGCAUGCGGGUGUGAACUAUGUUGUUACAAAAUAUCCUAAACAUUCUGCUCGCUCUCCUGUAGUGUCCCUCUCAGAAGCAGUGGGCUCGCCCACUGGAAAUCACGCUGAACAGGUUCUUAAUAGUAUUAAAGAUAGGUUUCGUGCCCGUGGUCUAAGUUGGGCUUCGAUACACGUCGUGAAGAGUAGAAGGUCCGAGGGUUGGUGGCUUGGUGAACGUACCAUUGAAAUGACGUUAACCACUUCACCAUCUAUUCUUUCCCGAAACUACUUCUGGAAGGAGUUUUCGAAUGUUAUUGUCAUCGCCGUUGCUCCCUACUGAAAGAACGGAAUUCUCUGCUAACGUCCCAGUCCUAUCAAAAGACAAGUUUAACAAAUUAAGCUAGGUUUAGCAAAAUGAAAUUGAUAACUUAACUAAGGGUCCGUUUCUCUAGGAGAAUCUAAGAUCGGAUUUUUGAUCUUAGAUCAUGCGGACUGUUUACUACCAAAGAAACGAAAAAUCCAAAAAGGGAUUUUUGCCUUUACUUGACAACAGCGUGCUUGGUGGUUGUUUUGAAAAAGGCAGCUAGCCAAUAUUUAUUCCUCGUGGACAAUUUACCGCAGCAACAGCUCCUUCUAUGACCAGAAGAUGAGGUAGUAGCAUUGAACAGAUGGUAAAGACGAAAAGUUCCGAAAAUUAAAGAAAUAAAAAGAUCGGUUGUACUAUUUACCUCCCGUGAACUUGUGAAGCACCGAGUGUGGCGACGAAUGGCUGCUAUUUGCGUUUGAAAUCCCUCUAGAGUUUAUGAAAUUUGUGUAGCAGUGAAAUAUCUCCUAAACAAUCACGAUUUUCUUUAACUUUUAAGUCAAUUCUACGACCAAAGUUGCAUUGAAAACCUACCAUGAUCGUUCGCCACGUUUGGUGGACUUUUCACGAGAAAACCGCUCGCCAAACGAAUUUUCUUCGGAUCCGUUCCCAAAGAAACGCACAGAUCACGAAUCCUAAAAAUCCGGAUUUAGAUUGUAUCUAAUGAAUCCACUCGGAGUGUGGAUUCUUCAGAUUCAUGAUCCAUUUUUGGAUUUUAGUAAAGAAAUGCAAAAUCCGUUUUUGGAUCUAAGAAUCCGGAUUUGGAUUUUCGCAAAGAAACGCACCCUAAGAUUGAUUACACAAAAAAACCGCCAUCAUAUGAAAACCAUGCGAUAAUGAACCUGCAGGAUAAAAUUUUGGCAAUCAACUCUCCAUUAUGGGAAAACUUGCUUACUCAAAAAUUUAAUAUGAUUUUGAAGUUCAGGAUAGAUUUUCAAUUAAUUUCUCCCCUGUAACUGUGUAGUUUAGAAUGAUUGGCCGGGCGUGAAUUGUUGAUUAACGUAAUUUAGUUUUGUUGUAGUGUAUUGAGCAUAACGAACCUGAAAUAAACCAGGGAAUCUGGAGCAAACAGUGUGUUUUCUUACCAAAAGUAAUUUAAAACCAGUGCGAGAUACCUGUUCACUUGAACAGAAGGAGGGUUUUGCUAAUUUCUGUUCACCUCUUGCAGCUCACAGAGAGGCUUACUUAUUUUCUCUUGCUUGUUGACUAAAGAAACCCCAUGACACUGAAUAAUGUCAUGAAAUUAUAAAGUAAUAAGAGCGUAGAGAACCACAUGUGACGCCGAGUGCGCGCUCUCAUCACUGCGC